AUGCCGACCAUUCGAAGAGUCCAGCCGUCCGACUUAUUCCACCUCAACCUCUGCAACCUGGAUCCAUACACGGAAAACUACGAUUUGAAUUUUUAUCUGACUUACCUGAUGAGAUGGCCGUCGCUGUUUCAAUGCAUCGAAGAGCACGGCCAGAUUGUCGGCUACAUUAUCGGCAAGGUGGAAUCGUCCCCUGCUCAUUUACAAGGUUCACCACAUUACUUACCGUGGCACGGCCACAUCACCGCCUUGUCCAUAGCGCCGCGCUACCGCCGGCUUGGAUAUGGGAAGCUCCUGAGUGAGGCGCUCGAGAAGGCAUGUAACCAACAAAACGCCUGGUUCGUGGAUCUGUUCGUCAGGGCAAGCAACAAGAACGCGAUCAAAAUGUACGAGAGUAUGGGCUAUUCGACGUAUCGCACCGUGGUCAAGUACUAUUCGGACGACCCGACUGGGCUGUCAGCCGAGGGAGAAGAUGCGCUGGAUAUGCGGAAGCCGCUCGACAGAGACAAGGAGCGCAAACAUGUGCGGGAGAAUGGGGCCAGUUUCAGAGUCGAUCCGGAAGAUGUGUUUUAA